AUGGAGCCAAGAUUGGAAAAUGGGUAAUAAAAUACUUAGAUGAAAUCAUGUAUUUUAAAUACUAAUUUAAGUGGAGGAGGACAUUAUGAUUAAUAAGGAUAUAAUAUUGGUUAAUGGAUUGAGGUACAUGAAAAAUUUAAUUGGUAAAUUAUUAAAUAUAUUUAUUAUUCACUGUUAUAUUACUUUUCAUGGAUGUUAUUAAAAUGGGUACAGGUAUGGAAAUUGGAAAUAUUUUUAUUACAUGACAACAUUAAUGUAUGAAAAUUAGAUAUCUAAAGGGGAUGUGGUCAUUUUGAUGAAAAUGGAAUUAAAUAAGGAAAAUGGAUAGAAUUAUUUAAAAAUUUUUGGGGGUUCUUUAAUCGUGUUUAAUAUAGUUCUUGUUAAAUCACUGAAGAAGGAGAAUAUAAAAAUGGAAAAAGGAUUGGAUUUUGGAAUAUUAUUGAUUAAAAUAAAAUUAUGUUAGUAUUUUACUAAUUAUUAUAGAUCAGGAGGAAUUUAUAAUGAAAAAGGAAUAAAAAAUGGAAUAUGGACUGAGUUGCAUGAUAAUUUCAGUUGGUAUCAUUUUUUAACAUUUUUAGUUUCUGUGAAAUAUCUUACUAAGGAUAAUAUAAGUAAGGAAUCAAGGUUGGGUAAUGGAAAACAAUAUAUGAUGAAAGACAUAUGUAAAAAUAUAAAAUUUAAAUAUAAAUUAGUGGAGGUGGAAGUUAUGAUGAGAAAGGUAUGAGAAAUGGUAUAUGGACUGAUAUGGAUGAAAAUUUUGAUCGAAAUUUGUAAUCAACGUUUUAUUUAUAUACACAAAAUUAUGAAAAUGGUUAAAAAAAGGGAAAGAUGAUCAAAUAAUAAUUUGAAAGAAAAUUAUGA